AUGGCAGCAACUCAAAAGCAUUAUGAUCAGAUCCAGGGGGAUGAGGAGCAUGUGCUGGUACUGGAAGACGGGCGCCAAUUAGCAUAUGCAAAAAAUGGUCCACCCACCUCGCGCGUCGUCGUCAUCUUCUUCACAGGCCUGUUCAGUGUCGGCAAAGCUGCUGAUGUACCGGCACCUCUCCGCGAGCUUGGCGCUCUUUGGAUAUCACCUACGCUGCCCGGUAUGGGCAACUCAAGCCCGAGGAAGCCAGGCGAUGCAUACCACACCUCCCUCGUCAGGGAUAUCAGUGCCCUCUUGACCGAGCUGUAUCCCACGGGCGAGUUUGACAAACUAUACGUCGCUGGAGGGUCAUAUGGCACGGUUCAGGCUCAAAUGCUGUACGGCGCUUCGUACGACGACUUCCCUGCUGGGCGCAAACUGGCAGGGUGCAUGUUGCUGGCUGGCUUAUCACCCUUCAAAUAUCAGGCCAACUACACGCGGACUCUCACCUGGCAAAAUUACUUUUCCAUCGGGCCGCCAGCAAGAUAUAUCCCAUUCUGGCUGCUUCAGCGAUUUGUAUCUAUAGUGCUUGCAAAGAAGCUCAAGACGCAAGAAGGCGCCGAGCAACUUCUCCGGGAGCUUCUGUUCUCAAAGAUGGACGACGAUGAACGGGGAAAUUUCGCCAACUAUCUUGCCAAGGUGAACAGAACAGAGGAUGGAUUCAUCAGCAAGAUGGCCGAGGGCGCAAGGAUGGCAGGUGUCCAAACUUGGCAGGGCUUUUUCGAGGUGUCUGAUGUCAUUCACUCGGACUGGGGGUUUUCACCUUCAAACCUCGAUGACGAACAUGCUUCCAAGCCAGUGCUGAUCGUGGGUUCGGAGAAGGACGACAUGGGCGGGAGCUCCAACAGUUGGUUGGCAGAAAACUACAAGAAUAGCGUGCUCAGGGUCGUGCCUGGUGGACACAUCUCUUCGCUCUUCUACCUCGAUGAACUAUGGGAGCAGUUGAUACAGUUGAGCCAAGCGGACAACUGA